UCACAGAGUCAGUGAUUAUCCCCACUUCGCAGAUGAGACAGACGAGGCUCAGAGAGGGGACUCCACCUGCUCCAGGACAGACAUUGAAGGAGACCACAUCCAUUCCUUCAGCAGACACAAUCACUGUGAACAUUCAUGCCCUGACUCAAACCUCAGACACAGUCCACCCAGAGUCCCAGUCCACCCCUCAGACAUCUCUGCAGGCUGGUGGAACAACGCAGGAGCAGACGGAGGAGACCCACACCCCACGGCCGACGAGAAUGGAUGUGCUCCCAGCCACAGAUCCGAGGACCGGCCAGAGCGGCCCGGAAGCCACUCCCUCUGCCGCUCCCACUAAAGGCACCACGCUCUCCAAGAGGCGAUCUCCAGGCAAAGACGUCAGGCCGGACGCUGCCCUCGGGCCCACGGGCGCCAGUGAGGACAACCCCUUCUCCUAUGACGAGGACACUCUCCGGAAGCGGGGGCUGUUGGUCGCAGCCGUGCUGUUCAUCACGGGCAUUGUCAUCCUCACCAGUGGCAAGUGUAGACGGUUACCCCAAUUGUGCCGGAACUACAACAGGUGAGACCAUCGGAAGGAGGGGCCGGCAACCGAAUGGAGGGGCACCCCGAGACUGAGUCCCCACCGGCUCACCGUGCCCAGCCACCUCCCUCCCCUCGAUGAGUCUACAGAAUAAUUGGUAGAGCCCAGCCCGAGAGGGAAGACCCAGAUGGAGACAGAGCCGGGCUGAUGCUCCAAGUCCCCUGCCCAUCCUGAGGGCUGCUCGGCCCCCUGGGCACUGCCCCCAACCCCGUGCUCCGGUGUCCCACGCUGUUCAGACGAAAAGUAAAGCACUGUGGUCCCUGC